AUGGCGGCGGCAGCGAAAAAGACCAGGGAAGCAGCUGAAUUGAUGAAACUUCUCCUCCUUGCAGGAGCAGACCCGAAUGCUUUUCAUCAGCGCACAAAGGACAGCGAACCAAAAAGUCCUGGCAUGGGAAAGGGAGCCAAACAGAUCUCAAAAUGGCUAGGAAUGACUUGGGACGAGCUCGUGAAAUGGGCUGCAGAACAGCGAUCCAGAUCUACAAGCGAACCCGAGCAAUAA